AUGCUUGUCUCCGAGAUCGCGUGUGGAGUCCUAGUCGGCGUGCUGUGGGGAGUCACAAAUCCACUUAUCAAGCGGGGCGGCCAGCUCGUUGAAAAGCGCAAGGCAGAGGCGGCUACAAGUGCCGGUGGGGGGGUGCCUGGUUGGGCGGCAGAUUGGGCCGCGCUGCUGUCCACGCCGUCCUUCCUGGUCCCUCAAGUCAUCAAUCAGUGCGGCAGCGCCCUGUUCGUGCUGCUCCUCGGCGGCGACGCCCGCCUGUCGACCGUCGUGCCCCUCGCCAACGCCACCAGCCUGGCGGCCAACGCCCUCGCUGACGUGGCGCUCGGCGAGCGCUACCGCGUGCAGCUGCUGCUGCCCAGCGUCGCCCUGGUCGCGGGCGGCCUGCUGCUCUGCUCCUCCGCAUGA